GCUCCAAGCGGUGUUCACAUCUCCCACCAAGCAAUGUAGGAGAUCAUCUGCAGCUUGCAAAUGGAUACCACUUUCCAAUUUUGGAAAGCAGUUUGAUGUAGUAUGAGGAGGGUUAGAUUGGGAAAGAAUUGAAUUUAGUAGUUGGGGUUUUUAUAGAUUGUUCACAAGAUUAAAAGGGUGUUCUUUUUUUUUUCACAAGAAAGAUGAUACGGGUAGUUGUUAAAAAAUAGUGACACUUGUCACCACCUCUCAAAUGAUAUCGACAUUUAUCAUGCGCAAAACGUUCGUUUAGGGUUUAUAAAAGCCAAUUAAGAGAAGGGUCAAGAGAUUUGUGGGUUUCAGAGAAAAAUGGGGCAUUCUGCAGCAGUCUGGGAUUCCAAGAUUGCCACUGAAAAUGUAAAAGACUGGAAUGGAAUCGAUCAAAUCGUGCUUCGGAAUCCACAUGGCGCUUCAGCUAGGGUCAGCUUGCACGGCGGGCAGGUCAUUUCGUGGCGGAAUGACCGAGGCGAAGAACUCCUGUUUACUAGUAGUAAGGCAAAUGGUAAGGCCCCAAAACCAAUGCAAGGAGGUAUUCCAAUCUGUUUUCCUCAGUUUGGUAGCUGUGGUUCCCUUGAGCAACAUGGUUUUGCAAGAAAAAAGAUCUGGAUUGUUGAUCAAGAUCCUCCAUCACUUCCUGCCAAUGAUUCAAAUAGGAAAUCGUUUAUUGAUUUGCUACUAAAACCAUCUGAAGAAGACCUCAAGUUUUGGCCCCACAGCUUCGAACUUCGUCUUAGAGUAUGCCUUGGAAUGGAUGGGAACUUGACGUUGAUAUCCCGUGUGAGGAACAUUGAUGGGAAGCCUUUUAGUUUCUCAUUUGCGUAUCACUCGUAUCUAUCUGUCUCUGACAUCAGUGAAGUGAGGAUUGAAGGGUUAGAAACAAUGGACUACUUUGACAACCUUUGUCACAAAGAGCGCUUUACUGAACAAGGAGAUGCUAUUACUUUUGAAUCUGAGUUUGACCGGGUCUAUCUUAGUUCACCAAAUUGUGUUGCUGUACUUGAUCAUGAAAGGAAGCGCACGUAUGUGCUAAGAAAGGAAGGGCUGCCAGAUGUCGUGGUGUGGAAUCCUUGGGACAAGAAAUCGAAGGCAAUGGCAGAUUUGGGAGAUGAUGAAUACAGGCAGAUGAUAUGUGUGGAUGGUGCAGUGAUUGAGAAACCGAUUAGUUUGAAGCCGGGAGAAGAAUGGAAGGGUCGGUUGGAGAUUGUUGUCGUGCCUUCGAGUUUUUGCAGCGAAGAUCUCUGAUUUUGAGUUGAGAUGUGUUUAGAAGCUGCUGCAAUCUUGAAUUAGAGUAGGGCUUUAGUUGUGUUCGAAAGCAAGGAAAGGAUGUUGUGUUUGUCAUGUAAUAAGCUCUUUGAAUCUUGAAUGCAACUCUUGGAAUCUUGUUGUUUGCGUAAUACAAACAUAAUGCCGAUUGCGGGUCGAGGGAUCGCCCUCUUGGCUAAGGGUCGACGUCCACUUGAUGGCUAGAUCAUUAACGGUGCCACCAUUGUGAUCGAAGCGAUGCAGGACCAUGAGUCAUGUGCCAUAGGGAAUUUUAUGAAUGGCGAAAUAGCUAAA